CUCUCUUCGUGACUAAAAGUCGUAUGAUUUAGAGUUUUGACAGGCAUAAUUUGUUUGUUAAUUUUAUUUGAACAAAUCAAGUUUAAUUAAAGUGAUUUAUUGAAAUUAUAAUUUUUAGCAAUGAUUAUGGAUAAAGUUUUGCUAUUUUUUGUAGUGUUUAGCUUAGAUUCAGCUCGAGCCACUGAAAAUCAUUACGCCUAUGCCGUAGUGGAGAGCUGCAGAGGAUGUCAAUUGAACAGGCUGCCUGACAUUAAAAGUUUCAUUUUUGAAGAUCUUCCGAAAUAUGAAGGUGUUGAAUUCAAGCAUAUACAAGGAGUACCACCGGAGCUCGUACUUUACAAUAAUGAAGAAAAGGAAAUGGAACGAUUUCAAUUGGCACAAUUGUCGCGAAAAGAAUGCAACGAUCUUCUCAUUUCAAAGGGUUUCAAGAAGUCUGUACCGGCCGUGAAGGAUGAGAUUUGAAAAAAUUGAGCCUUAUAAAUGCAACCGAGUUCAAUUUUUCUCGGAAUAAUUCAUAAUUUAAAAAAAAUUAAAUUUGUUUCAAUUGUUAUCGAAACGAAACUUUUACUUUGCACUCUCUUUGAUGGUUAAAAAUAUUCAUCGUAUAUACAUUAUAAAGUAAAAACAUUAACAUUAUAAUAACACAAAUUUGAAAAAAUUUAUAGUAAUAAUGACCACUUGAUAUUAUUACAGGUAAAAAUAUCGUUAAUAGACUAUUUAUAAAUUAAAUUUGUGAUACACGUACAUAAUAUCAUAUGUAAAUUAUAUAAUGAUGCACGCAUUUUGUCCUUUCUUUCUUCUCUAAGUACCUUGAAAUAGCGCAUUUUCGAAUUAUAUUUAACAAUUAAUUGAAGUUACUUACUAUUUAUAAUUGUAAGUAUAAUCACAUUUAUGAUUAUUUUUUUAAUUAUUGCAACAAAAAAUUGAUUAUCAUCAGGUUACUAUAGUACAGUUUCUAUUUGUCUACAAAAACCUGUUUUUAUUUCCAUUUAACCAAAUACCUGUUUAUGUGCUAAGGUCCAAAUAUUUUACAAAAUUUCUUAAGCUUUUAUUGAGUGUCAUUCGCAUGAAAUUAAGUAGAGUUUUAUAGUUCUCUGACCAAAUUAAUUUUUGUCAGAAAAAUAAGAAUUAUGCGAUUGCAUUCAAAUUUGAAAGUACGUUCGAUAAAUGUUAUCACGCAAAUAAUUGUUCAUCGCAUUCAUUUUUUUGGUGAAAAAAAAUGAUUGUAAUAGUAUUAUUAGCCGUAAUGAGAGGGUGAGCGUAGCAAUUUUUGAUUUAUCUAAAAUUUGUAAAAACUCGCCCUCCUAAAUGGAGCUGCAAUCUGUGAUAAAACCACUAGUAAGCCCGAGUAUUUAACGAUACAAUUUGUUUCUCCACGAUCAAUGUCUAUGUGAGCUCUUAUACUUAUGUUGAAUAUGUUAUUUGAAAGUGGAAAUAUCAAUAAUAUGGUUAUACAACGAAAACAAAUUCUAAAUUGUUAGAUUUAACUAUAAAAUGCUUAUAAUUUCAUACAGGAAACAAUAUUUCACAAUGUUUUUCAAUAUUAUAGUGAAAGAAUAUCAAACAUAACUUGUCAAAAUUGAAUUACAUACGUACUACUUAAUAGUAUCAGCUUCGUUAUAAUAAAUCAAAGAGUUAUCGAAUCCAAUGUUUAAAUAAAAUUUUUCAAACCAAUUAUUCCAACGACCAAUUCCAACAAACCAAUUUUGAAACCAUUAUCUAGGAUAUUCUCGAAAAAACGAUGUGAACGUUUAAAAUACCUCAAAAUGAAGACAUCUCAUAUAGUUUUUGAAAAUUCUCUCGUAUUAACCUUGGCUUCGGUAUCUCCUUGAGCUUGCUUGUUGAUUUUAAAAAAUGCUUAACCAAAGAUUAUACAUGGAAAUCGACGUAUUUGAAUUAUUUAAGGUCGAAAACUUAAAAAAGUCAAUUUUCAAUUAGGCCAGUUUUCCAUGUCUUCUAGUCUUAUGCCUACCAUUGUAAAUGUAUUGAAAUUAUCGCGGCGUGGAUAGCAUACGUAGUUAUAAAAAUCCAAGGUGUCAAAUGCGUAGGACAUAAUUCACCUUAUAUCAUCGCAAUAACUUUGAAAAAAAAUCGUCAACGUUUCCCUGCUCAUAUAUAUCGUCUAAGGGAGAUGAAAUUAUAUAAAUUACAUUCAUUGAGUAAUUUUUAACUGAACUUUACUAUUUAAAUAAUGUUAAAACUAGUCCAAAAAUUUAGAUGACUUGAUUAAAGGUGAAUAUUGGAUUUUGGCCGGGUAUUAAUAGGGACACGCUACCUUGGAUUAUUGAUUGCUAACAAAAGUAUCGACUUCAACGCCGUGAUAGUUUUAAUAAAUUAAUUUUUCUAUGAAUUAAAUCCUUGUCAACUACUAUAAAAACUAUUAAAACAAAUCUCGAUGUCCGUUGGAUUGUAAUUACUUAAAUUAUAAAAUAAUAUAGGUAAAAUCAGCUGUAAAUAAUGUUAUAAAAACCAGGAGUUGAUAAAGCUGCCCAUGAAAGAGCUUGAAUUUGUUAAAAUUACAAAAAGUCAAAUUUUGUUCAUUGUUCAAAAUCGUUCGUAUUUAUUCAUGAAUUCGUAUCAAUUUACAAGCGUAAAAUUUGGUUAAAGUAGUAGGCAUUAAAAAUAGAUUAUCGUAAUAUAUCAUGAAUAUGCAUGUUUUUUUAUACUUUCUAUUUUCACAAAAACAUAUUUUCUAUUUAUAACAACAAUCUUAUGAAUAAAUUGUAAUAAAUAUGAAAUGAUAUUUAUAACUAAUAAAGUUAGUUGUAAAUCCUAGUAUUAAAAUACGAUGAUUAUAAUUUUUAAUUAUAUUUGUUGCACAAACAUAUGCUUUUUCUCAUCGUAUAUGGUCAAUUCAACUAACACGAAAAAAUUGCGGAAAAAAAAAUCAUGGUAAAUUAGUGUAUGUAAUAAGCUAAAUGCAUCAUAUUUUCAAUGAUUAUAUUCAUUGAUUCAAUCAAAACUAAUUACUUUCGUUAAAAACUGUGUCAGAAUUUAAAGUAACUUCAAUGUUUUAGCGAUCAAGUUUGCAUGUACUUUACAAGACCUAUGUUUUUAUUAACUAAUAAAAAUCAACCUGAUUUUAAAAUAUUUAAUUAAAAACUUUACAUUAAUUACUGAUUUAAGUAAGCUAAAUCAAAAAUUAAGUUUUAAAUAUAAGACUAAUGUUACAACCACUCUGAUUCCGUAUUUAAAAAUUACUCAUAUUAUUAUUUACUAUAAAUAACCACUUUUCCCAAUAUCAUAAAAAAUCAUAU